GGAUUGGGCUGGAUUGGGAAAGCAGCGCCAGUGGCACCUGCGCGAAGGUGACAUUUCCAUGCAUAACCCAUGCUUGGGCGGGCGGGCAGUCGCAAGGGUCAUUCCAACGCAACACGCCUUCGCUUCCCCAACCAUUCACUCGAGCGACUGACGAAAACAGAAUACUUUGUUUUUGCUGGUGAUUGUGGUGGGAAAAAGGUAUCAUGGGGGGUUUUUUUUGUGCCUCCGAGCGCUAUCAUUCGAUCCAGAUGCCAGCCAGCCUGCCUCCCUAUGCUUAUCGUCCCCGACUCUUCUGCUCCAAACCCAAGACGACAGAAUCCACCGCAUACCAUACCUCCACCCUGGCCUAGCCUAUCCAUGCAUCAAGUUCCUGCAAUUAGCUCGCGUCCACCUGCAGCUCCUGCGUCUGCUCUUCGCCUUCUGCUCAGCUCCUUCUGUACCUACUUUGCACUUGCACUUGCACCUGCUUGUAUUGUCGAAUCUUGUCUGGCUCUUGCUCCCCCUCCUUUUCUUUCCCUUCUCGUCUUCUAGACUCGAAACUUCUUGCAUACCCCCCUGACCUUGUCUCCCCAUCACUCGUUCUUUCCGCCACCCACACACCCCUUGGCUUACCCACCCCUCGUCAAAUCUUCAAGGGACAGGCCAUCGGUUCGACCAGUCAAGUCCUUUUCUGUUCCAACCAACCUCUUUUAUCUCUCUUCCUCCCUCUUUCACACACACACACACACACACACACACACACACACACACA